AUCUUAUACCCGAAGAGACAAGCCCACCUCCAUCUCCGAUUCUCCAGCAUCCGAGCGUGAGCUUGAAGCAGCGCUAGCGCUCCUCUCUCUCUCUCUCUCUGGCUAUCUAUCUAUCUAACUCUCUCAUGCCACCAAUCGGCACGGCCACCUCGGCCCCAGCCCGGCACGUCUCUCCCUCUCGGUCCUCCUUACCCCCUCGCCAUGGCUCCCCCCUAAACCCCCACUCUCCACCCCGCACCCUCAAACCCACCCCCGUCUCCGCCGCCAGCUCCAGCUCGAUCGCCACCAAGAUCCACCUCUCCAACCUCGACCGCGUCCUUGUGAAACACCCAUCAUCACAGACGCCUCAACACACCCAUGACGUAGGCCGGGACGACGACCCUCCCAAACCUGAUCACCUCGGCGGCGCCACCGCAGCCGGCGGUGGAGGGGGAGUUGGGCUUCUCCACGCCCUCAACCUCCCCUCCCUCUUUCCCUUUUUAAGAAAGCCGGCGGCUGAGGAGAUGUCCCCCCGGAGCCUGACCCACCUCCAGCGCCUCCUCUCCGACUCACCCCGCCCCUCCCCAAAGAGCUCCAUCGCCUCCAAGUGGCGCCUAUACCACGGCGCGGAAGACUGGUCCGGCCUCCUCGACCCACUCGACGAGAACCUCCGCCGCGAGCUACUCCGCUACGGCGAUUUCGUCCAGGCGGCCUACCAUGCCUUCCACUCCCGCCCCGCCGCCUCCUCUCCUGCCCGCCACCACCACCUCCUCCUCCCCGACCGCUCAUACCGCCCCACCAAGUCCCUCUUCGCCACCUCCUCUCUCAGCAUCCCCCCUUGGACCCACUCCUCCGCCUCCAACUGGAGGACCCAGAGCUCCAGCUGGAUCGGCUACGUCGCCGUCUCCGACUCCGACCGCGAGAUCCGCCGCAUGGGCCGCCGCGAAAUAGUCGUCGUCCUACGCGGCACCGCCACCUGUCUCGAGUGGGCCGAGAACCUCCGCGCCUCCCUCGUCCCCAUGGAUUCCCCCGACGACUCCUCCGGCGAAGUCCGACAGCACGUGCCGAAGGUGGCGCGGGGGUUCUGGAGCCUCUACAAGACCGCCGGCGAGCAGGUGUCGAGCCUCUCGGCAUCGGUGGUGGAGGAGGUUCGCCGCCUCAUGGAGCUCUACAAAGGAGAGGAGCUCAGCAUCACGGUGACCGGGCACAGCCUCGGGGCGGCGCUGGCCAUCCUCGUCGCCGACGAGCUCAGCACGUGCGCCCCGAACGUGCCGCCCAUCGCCGUCGUCUCCUUCGGCGGGCCGCGAGUCGGGAACCGGGCCUUCGCGGACCGCGUCGAGAAGGAACACGGGGUCAAGGUGCUCAGAAUAGUCAAUGCCCACGACGUCAUCACCAAGGUUCCCGCCGGAAUGCCUCUGCCGCACGUGAGGGAGGGGUACGAGCACGUGGGGAGCGAACUGAGGAUAAACAGCCGGGACUCUCCGUACCUCCGGCCGGACGCCGGGCCGGCCUGCAGCCACGACCUGGAGGCGUACCUCCACCUCGUGGACGGGUUCACCGGGACCGGGUCCCCCUUCAGGUCCAAUGCCAAGCGGAGCUUGGUUCGGUUGCUGGACCAGCAGCGGCGCAGUGUGAAGGAGGUCUACGUGAACCGGGCCCGGGCACUCGGGGUCGAUCCGACCGCUGCGGUCCCCUUGUCCAGCCCGCAUGGUUGCCUGGCGAGCCCAUCAUAGUGACGUCGAGCUGGACGACGAUUCGUGCCAAAUGGCAACUUUAAUCAACUUGGUGAUAAAUAACUAAAUAUUAUAACCAAGGACCAGGUCCAUCCAGAGGAAUGACAGGUCCAUUGUAACGUGGAUUGAUUUAUGUAUAUAAAAUGCGGAAGUCCAGCAAUGCAUCUGCGCGCAAAAGUUUUUUAUUCUUAUCUUUCCCGGUAAAGACUAAAAAAAGGUACAGCGUAAAAGCCUCAUUGUCGGCUGAUGUUCACGCGACAUCCUGGAUAAAAUUUCCUUGCAUUAAUAUGAAAUUGAUUGACAAGCGGUCAUAAGAUAUUUUUUUUGAAA